AUGAAUAAAGACGAUCCUGUUUACUUCGUACAAAAGGCUGAUCAUAUUGAUGAAUCCACUCAACAAAGUUUAUUGGUAACAGAUGAAUGUAAUUUUUGGUCUUCAUUAUCUUGUUCCGGCAACAAGCGACGACAGACGAACAUUUCAAUAUUACCGAAUAAGAGUUUCUUUUAUCAGAAAAGACCUCGUUUAUAUUUUGAUAUUCACCGUUUGCCUUAUCAAUCACUUCUCAAAUUAGGUGGUAGCAAAUUGACGCGCCGAUUUGUUCCAUCUGUGAAAAGGGCACAUGGACCAGGUGCUAUUUUCCCGUUGACUUCUGCUGAACAGCAUCUCUUCUCAGUUGAUUACCAUCACGAAGGUGGUGCUCAUCACUGGUACAUUAUUCCAACUUCUGAGCGAGACGUUUUACAAAGAAUAAUUGAUCAUCAAAAUUCUUCUGUUUGUCUUGACCAUGGACAAUUAUUCAUCGAUCCUUCCGUACUAGAUAAAAAUCAUAUUCGUUAUCAUCGAAUCAUUCAACAUCCCAACGAAUUUAUAGUUUUAUCUGCUGGGACUCUUGCACAAAGUUUCACAGAAGAUGCCAGCUGGAGCGAGUCAAUUGCUUUUGCUCUACCUAGUUGGAUUGAGGAAGGUCAUGUAAAUGUUUCUGUUUCAUCAUGUCAGUGCAAUAUUCCUCAAGACUCUUUACCAGAAACAAUUGACAUUACCUUAUUUAAACAUGAACUUAUACAAACAUAUAUUACUUCGCAUCUCAAUAUUAUUACCAAUGAUACAUCACUAGCUUUGAAAGGUUCAUAA